AUGGAGAGCGUGACCGUCUCGUCCGAGGCCUCGCUGCAGGUGGUGAGGACACACUUUGAUCAGAUCAAAGGCAGUCAGUGGGUGCUGUUGGCCAAUGGCAUGUGUGACUUAGAGACCAGGCGUAUACUAACCUCCAUGUUCAUCACACUGGUGCAAACACUGUCUGCCAAUGUCUUAGGCCUGAUCAUUCCACAGCAGGAGGUGAACCAUAGGUUCCUCAGUGAAGAGGAGUCCACCCGGGCCCAUAGGUCCAUCACCACUGUGCUCCAGAACACCAUAGGACAAGUGUUCUCACAGGCUCUGAAUCUGCCCACGGACGCCUUAGACAAACACAGCGAUUCCCACGAGCUCACUGCCCUGAUCGAGCAGGAGGUGUCUGCAAAGGUGAACCGAGUCCUGUCUGAGAAGAAAGAGGACGGCUCCAUCAGCGUGGACUCCCUCAUCAGCAGCGAGACUGUGGCCCGUAGCAUGAUUGACAAGGGAAACUCCUGCCUUCAAAAAUGUCUGCGCUUCUUGUUCUGCUCUUGUGGCCGCCGCGCUUCCACAAAGCAGUCGGCCUCUUCAGAAAGUGGGCCGUGCCGCUGUAGCUUUCUCAGGUUCGCUAAGAAGAAUUUCAAAAGCAUGCAGAGCAAUCUGGAGACAAAACUCCUGUCUGAAGAGUUGGAGCCUGGAAGAAGAGUUUCUUCAAGAGGCUCUGGCAGCAGUGGGAGUUACCCAGACCUGGCCAUAUCCCCUGGAGCUACUUUGAGGACCCCAGAGGUCAGUUUUGAGCAAUUCCAACCAGAGGUGGAGGAAUUGUUCCAACAGCUAAAUCUGUCGACAAGUCCUGACAUAGAAACGAGCCAAGAGAGGCUCACACAGGCCCUGAAGAGUGAGCAGACCACUGCGUUUGCUCAGAGACUCACUGACAUGAUGUACUGUCACUUUCAGAUCAUGGACAGUGCGGCUCUCGCUGCAUCACCAAACCCUGAGAUCAGGAGGAAGCUCCGGAACCAGGAUCAGGAGCUGGUGUAUGCCAUGGUGAGAAACGAGGUGUUCACGUACCUCCACAGUUUCACACACUACAUCAAGCACGACCCACUGGACGACUUUUACCAGCAGGACUUGUUUGAAUUGUGCAUGGAGAGGCCGCCUUUGUCGCCCAAUUCUCAAGAGGCCCUGACAUACAACGUAUCCAUCCCUUUCCAAGGGUCAGUCCCCGUCCAGGUCCAGGUGGAUUCUCUGUCUUUGAACAGCCACAAACAUGACCUGUUUGAGAGGUCCAUGGUGCAUCCCAGAGCGUGUGUACCAUCACAGAUCUCCAGAGACGUACCAGCGAUCGUCCUGCGAACCCCAGAGGUCCGUACCAACAGUGUUUCAGCAGUCUCUGAACACUCUUUCAGGAGUCAGAAGUACGACCUGUUUGAGAGGUCCAUGGCGCCUCCCAAAGUGCAGAUGCCAUCCUUCAUCUCUAAAGACGUCCCGGCGAUUGUCCUGAAGACCCCAGAGAACAUGCAGAGACUCAGUCACAGGUCAGACUUUUCUGAGGGCCAGUCCAUGACUCUAGGCCUGAUCGAGUCUUUGAUGAUCGAAAUGUUCAGGGGAAAAGCUGCUUUACGUCCGUGGGACAAAAAGUAUGAAAGAAUCCGCGACAGUUUGACCCAAAAGGCCUGGGAGGAAAUCCAACUGUCGGAACACCAGGUCAAGAAAACAGAAAAGAGAAUGAAUAAGAUCAUUCAGGCGGUUAUCAAGGACCUCAAGACACAUUAUGGCACGGCAGAGAAUAUGGUAGAAAGAGCUUUGGACAAAAAAGACCCAACUUUUGACAAGACGGUUCUGAAGUCUCUACAGUAUCACCUGGAGCACAACCUGCGCAAGAAGAGGUCUUUGCUGAGCCGUGUGUUCAGAGGCCUAAUCUGGUGGUGCGCCACCAUCGAGGACUAA